GCUACAGCAUUUUCCAAGCCAAACAAAAACUGCAGUCGAUCAGUCGUGCCAACAAAAAACCUGUUUCGUCUGAAGAUCUGAUCAAAUUUGCCCACAGAAUAAGUGUCAACGCGGUGUGUGCACCUCUCACGUGGCAGCCUGGAGAUCCGAGGAGACGUAUCCCACAGGAGGUGAACCGCGCCAAAUUAAAAUUAGCAUUUAAGGAGGCGAACGCGCAUUCUAAAUCACAGAUGCUAAAACCUCCAGCUUCUCAACAGAACCAGUGCUGGCAUCUGUCGGGUGAGAUGCACAUGACCGUGCCAGGCCAGGGCUCCAUAGCCAUGGACACCCGCAAUCACAAAGACGCCGAAGACGUGGAGGUCAUGUCCACCGACUCCAGCAGCAGUUCUUCCAGUGAUUCUCAGUAGUAAAUAAGAAAUAACGUUAUUUCAAGGAUAUAGGCUGAACAACAUAUGAAUAACAAUUGAGUUUUUGUUUUCGGAACAGAAAAGAUACAUUAAACUCUAUAGUCUAGGCAAUGAAUACUCUAAAAAAGUUAUAGAAAGUUUGGAAGACAAUUUUUGACCCCGCAGUUCUGUUAAGGGUAGUAAGGAGGUUAACAUAAAUACCAGAAUUGCAGACUUGAAAGGCUUGAAAGUCAACCGUCUUAAAAAUAGAAAAGUGGCUUGGAAUUGAGGCUUAAAAGUCCUCACCCCUACCCUGUGUGAAGAAGGGCAAUUUAAACUUUCUUGAAGGUACAAUUUUCUGGU